CGGCUGCUGUACUGGCAACAGAGACCUUUUCAUCACUAUACGCAAAACCUUGCAUGAUGAGCUCCUUGAUGCGCGUGAGUUGUUCAUACGCAGCAGGUGUCGCGUCUUGCGCAACAGGUAGCGCAUCCAUAAAGAAUCGGAUCUCAGAGAUGAGGGAUUGCUGGAGCGCGAGUGUCUUGGACUCUACUUCGCGGAGGAGGGUGAAGUUGCGCACGAGGUCUGCUGGGAGUGCCUCGAUGGCGUCUGUGAAGUCGUUGAGGGCUGCAUAUGCCAUGUAGCUGGCUAUAGACUGUAGCUAUAGUAUGUACAGAGUAUAGUCUAUAGACUGUAGAGUAUAGAAGCCUGCCAGGGUUAGAAUCGCCGCAGAAAAGAUCAAGAGCAAGAGACAGCGACACAAAGCAGCAGCUACUCCCUCUAGCCAUGUCCACGACAUGCAGGUACUACGAGAACAAGCUCCCAGACGUCGAAGAACUCACCGUCGUCAAUGUCAGGCAAAUCGCGGAAAUGGGCGCAUACGUGCGUCUCCUCGAGUACGACAAUAUCGAAGGCAUGAUUCUCCUCUCUGAGCUAUCCCGAAGGCGUAUUCGCUCCAUCCAGAAGCUCAUCCGAGUGGGCAGGAACGAAGUCGUGGUGGUAUUGCGUGUCGACAAGGAAAAGGGCUACAUCGAUCUCUCCAAACGGCGUGUCUCUCCAGAAGACAUUGCAAAGUGUGAAGACCGCUACAACAAGUCCAAGUCUGUCCACUCCAUCAUGCGCAAUAUCGCAGACAAGCACAGCUUGGUGCUGGAAGAACUCUACCAAGCUGUCGGAUGGCCCCUGUACAAAAAGUACACACACGCCUAUGAUGCCUUCAAACUCGCCAUCACUCAACCAGACCAAGUCUUUCAGGGCAUUCAAUUCCCAUCGGAUGAUGUUCGCAAAGAUUUGCUCGCCCAGAUCGCUCGGCGGUUGACGCCCCAGGCCAUCAAAAUCCGUGCGGAUAUCGAGGUGACCUGCUUUGGCUAUGAAGGCAUUGAGGCGAUCCGCACAGCCUUGCGCAAGGGUGAGAAGACGACGCACCCAGAUGAGAAGGAAACGGGUGUACAAGUGAAACUCGUGGCUGCACCCCUCUUUGUUGUGCUCACAAACGCACUCGACAAGACCAUUGGCGUGCAGCUGCUCGAAUCGGCCAUUGAGGAGAUUCGGAAGAGUAUCGAGGAGCAAGGCGGACAUCUCGUUGUCAAGAUGAAGCCAAAGGCACAAUCCGAUGCGGAUGAGCUCGAGUUGCAGCAGCUCAUGGCCAAGGCGGAGCAAGACAACUUGGAGGUCUCGGGAGAUGAGAAUAGCGACUCGGAAGAGUCAGAUGCAUAAAUCUGUUAUCGUGCAUCUUUCAGCAUGUCCAGCAUCAAGGCUCCUGGUCGUUUAAGCAUUAGACUUAUAGUUCAAGGCAGUCUCUUCAUUGUGAACUCUAUAGUUUCAGUGGCUUUCAUUCAACUAUAUCUGAGGCUCGC